CAGAUAGCCAAAGUUGCUUGUCUUUUAACCUCUCCUCAUGUACCUCUACAUGGAACUGCCCGUAUGCAUUUUUUUCUUAACAACCAACUAGUAAUAUCUUUAUUCAUAUCUAGCAAGUUAGUCAGAACUCCAAAAAGUAUUCAUCCAGGUCGGAAAAUUAAAGCUAGGAACAAGAAGCAAAAAUCAUGGUGUGUUUCUGUUUUCUGGUUGAUCAGACAAAGAAAGUAAGAAGAAGUAAACCGGCGGCAAGGUUUUGCUCGAGGUGCGGUGGAGGGGCUAGCGUAGCUGAUAUAAAAACUUCUACAAGGUUUUGCUACGUGCCGUUUUACUGGAAAUCUUGGAGAGCAAUUAUAUGUACUUUUUGUGGAGCAAUUCUUCGAUCUUACCGUUGAAUUCAUGGAAUUACUACUACCCGCUUUUGUUUUUGCCAUUUUUUUUUGUAGCAAGGUCUAACAGUAAAUUUAGUAGGACAACUUAAUAUGUAUGAUCUCUUAUUUUAAUAAUUAGUUCAAGGAAAGUGAUUUCCUCCUUUUCAGCUA